AUGGACAACACACGCUUCCGCCGUCCAAACUCCCCGGCCCUUAUGCCGCCGCCGUCCCCCACCGCCCUCCUCCGCAGCAAAAGCCGCUCUUCCGCCUCCAUAACCGCACCGGAGAACAACUCGUGCGCUGCAAACACCAGCCAACGCUCAACCACCCACCGAUCAAAAUCAGUGACAAAGUCAAGAGCCAACAACAAGGACGAAGAGAAUUUAAACCCCUUGAAUUGUAAAACCAAGCCAGGGUUUUCCAAGUUCUUGAAGUCAUCCCCGGCCACAACCCCGUCCGCUUGGGCACUGUCGCCGGGCCGGUCCUUGGGGUCUCCCCUUCUGCCUCCACCGCAGACGGUGGAGCCUGCGGUUGUAGACGGAGGGCGAGGGAAGUUAGGUGGUCGUCGAGGCGGUGCUGUGAACGGAGUUUUGAGGUUUUUUAGAUCGAAGAAGGCGGGAGGGACGGUGGAAGCGGCGGAGCUUCAUCGGUUUCGGAUUUUGCAGAAUAGGUUGUUGCAAUGGAGGUAUGUUAAUGUAAGAGCUGAGAGGUCCAUGGCUAACGUUAAAACAAUUGCUCAGGAUAGAAUAUUCAGCGCAUGGCUUCAGAACUUGAGGAUGAGAAAUGGCAUAUUAGAAAAACGGAUUGAAGUUGAAAAGUUGAGGAAGGAGAUAAAGUUAUACACAAUAAUCUUCCCUCAAGUUACUCUCCUCAAGCAGUGGGCAAAGUUGGACAAAAGAAACCAGGAAUCAGUUGGCUGCUUAGCUUCUGUUCUUUCCAAUCUCUCACUCAAACUCCCUCUACUCCAUGGUGCCAAGAGUGACGUAAAGGGGUUGGAACAAGCAUUGAGCAUGGCCAUGGAAGUGAUGACCAAACUAGAGGCAAUGAUCACCAAACGCAAAUCCGAGGAACUGGAGAAAACGUUGUACAUGCUAACGGAGCGGUUAAGCAUGUUUAAAGAACAGGAAGAGUGCUUGGAGAAAUUAGAGGAUGCCGUUUGCUCCGUUACCACAUUACUGGCGGAGGAGAAUAGUAUUAGAAUACAACUCAUACAAGCAACAAAUUCUACAAGGAAGGAGGAUCCUACUUGUUAAGUCUUUUUAUUUUUACUUUUUUUUUUAAUUGUAUGCAAAAUG